AUGGAACCAAAUGCCAAGAUGUGUGAACACGAAGGCAAAGACUUGAAAGAUGCAACAAUGUAUCGACAAUUGGUGGGUAGUUUGCUUUACUUAACUUUCACUAGAACCGAUAUCUCUUAUGCAGUUGGUGUGAUGAGUCGAUACAUGCAAAAUCCAAAGAAGCCUCAUUUGGAAGCAGUUCGACGAAUUUUAAGACAUGUGAAGGGUACAAUUGAUUAUGGUCUAUUGUACAAGAAAGGUGAAGAUUACAAGCUAGUUGGCUACUGUGAUGCUGAUUAUGUAGGAGAUCACGACACCCGCAGAUCAACUACCGGGUAUGUGUUUAUGCUUGGAUCAAGAGCAAUUUCUUGGUGUAGCAAGAGACAACCGACAGUAUCUCUAUCAACAAUGGAGGUAGAGUACCGAGCAGCACCAAUGGCAGCUCAAGAAAGUACGUGGCUUAUACGGCUGAUGAAUGAUCUACAUCAACUAGUGGACUAUGCAGUUCCAUUGUACUGUGACAACCAGUCGGCAGUUCGUUUGGCAGAGAAUGAAAACAAAAAUAUGGGGUUCUUGAUUCAGCUAUUGUGGGAGAGGCUUGAGGUGGCCAUAAGGCAUCAUCUUGCCCAGAUCUAG